GCCGCUGCCUCCCGCCGCGACGCUUCACCACGAGCCCCCUCCGCGGCCGGAGCCCGUCCCUCCCGCCGCCUCUGCCCUCGGGCGCCCGCACGUCCCCGCCACCCCCCCCCAACGCUUUAUUGCUCCGCGCCCAAGGAGCGGCCGUAACGCGGUGGCUCGGCCCCCCGGCCCGCCCCCGGGGAGGCGGGCAGCCGCGGGCACGGCCGGCCGCGCGGCGCCGAACGCCGGCAUGUGGCGGGGCGGGGGCCGCGCCGCGGGGGCGCCCCGCGCCUCACCGCCCGCCAUCGAGUUCCCUGAGGAGGGCCCGGAGCCGCGCUUUGACGAGUCGGACGUGCCCGCCGAGCUGCGCGUGGCCAACGGCUCGCAGAGGUUCGUGAACUUCACCUCCACCAUCCAGAACCAGCUGCUGCUGGUGUCCCUGCUGGAGCACCUCUGCCACAUGUACACGCACAACCCCGUGCACUCCCGCUGCCUCUUCCGCAUACUUCGUCAGGCUUUCACAAGAACAGGGUUGCUCUCUCCUUUUGCUUUCUGUGAUGAAUUUAGUACUGUAAGAUUGCAGCAUAAUAGAGCCAUUACUGAACUAAUGAAAGCAGCUAAUCGACAAAUACUUAAUGGGGAGCUUGAUAAUGGAGAUUCUCAUGCAUUUGGGGGAAAAGAAGUUCUCUUUGAAUCACAGGCUUCACGAUACUUGAAUGAAUUUGAUGAGAUUGCAAGGCUAGGAAAAGGAGGAUAUGGUAAAGUAUACAAGGUCAGAAACAAAUUAGAUGGUCAGUUCUAUGCUAUUAAAAGAAUUAACAUUAAGAAGGCUACAAGAAGAGACUGCAUGAAGGUUCUACGAGAAGUUAAAGUGCUGGCUAGGCUGCAGCACCCUAAUAUUGUAGGCUAUCACACUGCUUGGAUGGAACAUGUUCAAACAGUAUGUCCAAAAGAUAAAGCAAUAAUGAGCUUGCAGUCAUUGUCUUUGGAACAAGAGAGUGGCAAUGAUCACUGUCACAUUCAGAGUGUGGAAAGUGAUAGUUCGAUUAUCUUUGCUGACCAUACCUCACAAGAAAAGGAGUCCCAUGAUAGUACCUGUCUUAAAAAUCUGAAUAAUGAAUCAGUGCAGAAUAUGGAUGUAAGGAAUGACUUUACUAACAGCAAUAAUGAAGUAUGUACAGAACCAAAUAAAUGUGAGUUAUCCAUAGAAUUACAGGAAGACUCUACAAGUGAUGUUGACAGUACAUCAAGUGAAUUUAAAAAUCAUUCAUCGCGUGGACCUUGUUCUAGUCUGGAUAAAGAAAGUAGCACUGGAAGUAAGUCCUGCAUUGAAGAAAGCUCUCGGACAGAUGUAGCUCUAUGUGGAGAGUUUGAGGUGGAGUAUCGUUUGAUGCUUUAUAUUCAAAUGCAACUGUGUGAAAUCUCCUUGUGGGACUGGAUUGUUGACCGCAAUAAGAGAUGCAGCGAGAGAACAGAGGAAACUUCCAGUCCGUACCAUCUGGUGGAUGUCAGCUGGACCAUGAAAAUUUUUCAGGAGUUGUUAGAAGGAGUAUACUAUAUCCACAGCAUGGGAGUGAUGCAUCGAGACAUUAAACCAAGAAAUAUCUUUCUAUAUGGAUCUGAUCGUCAUGUCAAAAUAGGAGACUUUGGAUUAGCCUGCAAAGACCUUCUUUGGGAUGAUGCAGACCAGUGGCUUAAGACAAAAAGGAUAAAUGGACUGACACACACUUCAGGAGUGGGUACUUGCCUCUAUGCCUCGCCAGAACAAUUGCAGGGAUCUCACUAUGAUUUCAAGUCAGACAUGUAUAGUAUGGGUGUUAUUCUGCUAGAACUAUUCCAACCAUUUGGAACAGAAAUGGAAAGGACAGAAGUUCUCAUGCAUUUAAGGAAUGACCACAUUCCUAAUACUUUCUACAAAAAAUGGCCUACUCAAGCCAAAUAUGUUAAACUCCUAACCAGUAAGAUACCUUCACAAAGACCAACUGCUGCUCAGCUUCGUGAAAGUGAACUGUUUCACACUACGGAACAUGUUAUUUGUAAUCUACAGCAAAAGGUGAGACAGCAAGAGGAAGAAAUUGAAAAACUGAAGGAAAAAAUAAGAUUGCUUUCUGAAGAACAAGAUGAACAUGAGAGACUUGGUUCUCCAGUUUAACUGUCAGUCAGUGUGUAAGAGGAAGUAACCUCUCUUGUACAUUAUAUAAUAUAAAAUUUUUACAUAAAAAUAUUCCCAUA